AUGGGCCUGCGGCAGAGGGCGGCGGCCCUGCUGCCGCGGCCGCAAGUCUUUUUCCCGAAGUCCGUGAUCAUCUCCAACACUGGCUUGGCUAUAUUGUACUGGUCGCUGCUGGCAGCCUGCGGUACAUUGUAUGGCCUCAUGUUCUUCAGCAUGAAGAGGUACAACGUCUCGCAGUCCACCAACGGAGAGGUCACCGUGCUGCCGUGGAGGCUGCAAAGGAGUCUGGCGGGCAUUGAGGCAUCAGUGGCUGAAGACCAGAGCGCGAAGUUUUGCACCGAUCCUGGCCAUUACAUGUACGAGAGCUCCAGUAUCCUGUACAAUCAAAUCACGUGCGCCACAUUGUGCAAGAGGGCCAGCCGGGACACCGCAUGUAUGCACCCCAGCGAGGCCAGUAUUCUCGAGGGGCCGGCAGCGGUCUUUGUCCCGACGUUCUACACAAAUGAGAUUUUUGGUCCUACGGAUGGCUCCACGGGGAUGGGCCACUACUUCGUGCCCGGCGUGGAGGACUCAGAGAUUUCUUUUCGCCAUCGACUGACUGUGCCGGAAAAGACAGUGAACGUCGUCAGUCUCAUAAAAUGGAUCAUGACCCCUUUCAUUUCACCAGAGCAUUCGUCAGUAUCAACAGAGGUCACAGAUGAUCCCGUGAGGAGAAUACGGACCGUUUUCCUCGACAAGGAUGGAUCUGUCGUUCGGAUCUUCGAGCCAGGCGAGGUGGUGUCGAUGACAGUCGGCGAGAUUAUGCAGUCUGCCAUCGUAGAUGAGUUUGUGGACACUGUGUCGAAGUUGUCUCUUGACGACCACUACGUGCGUGUCGAGGAGGACAUCAUCGCGGACCGCGAGCACGGGCGUGACAACGGACCCACGGCGCGCCUCACGGGCACGAAGUUCUUCGUGGAUCUGGAGUACAAGAACGACGGCAGGUGCGCGUUGGAUCCUACGCUGCCGCCCGUGCACGAGUUUCCAGAGUUCGAGGGAUACCUCGCCUGCAUGUCUAUCAAGGCCGACCGAUCGUGGACCACGCUGGAUCGCACCAGCCUGGUGAGCGAUGAUGGCACUCAGGUCAACCGCCGCUACCACGGGUUGCGGGUAACAUUCCAACAGCGCGGGAAUUUCGCCUUCACAGACCUCGUCAGCAUUUGGGAGUGGAUCUCGAUAUUUCUGAUCCAGCUAUCCCAACAGCGAUCGUCUACUUCGUUGUGA